CCAAGCCAAGCCAGAGCCUGAUUGGCAUAACUUGAGUUGAAAUCAAAAGAAAACAGCUUGACACUGAAACCCGAAUUUGGGUAUUAAUUAUGGCAUCAUCCGGAAAAGAAGCUGAUCCAUCUUCCAGCGCCGAUCAUGGGGAACGAAAGUGUGGUCUCGAUAUGACUUACGUCAAGUCAAUAAAUGGAAUUUUGAAAGCUAAACAGAUUGGCUGGUCAUUGUUGGCCUUCACAUUGGCUUGCAUUGUCGGGAAUGGUGUAGCCAUCGUAUUCUUUAUCAUAGCCACAUUAUGCGGCUGGACCAUGACAUUCGUCAUUUGGUUCAUGUUUGCCAGUCACACCUAUAAAAAAGUUACAAGAGUCAAUUGGUUCAUUGCGGAUUUGCUUGUAAGUUUAGGUGCUUGUGUCCUGUAUGUUGCUAUUGGUAUUCCAGUUUUGAUCAGUCCAUUCAGCCCAGUGUCAAUUGCAGCAGGGGUGUUUGGAUUUAUAGCGGUGGCGAGCUAUGGGGCAGGUUGUUUCUAUUCAUUCAAGAGGUGGAGGGAGAGCAAGAAGCGACAGAGUUCAGACAAUCAGUAUGCCGUCGAUUACUGAUCACCGAUGGUGCGAUGGAGGCUCAAUUAUAUGUCCAGCGGUUGUAUUUCUAUCCAUUAAUACCGCGGUCACAUUUGCUUUACGGAGGCCGUAUGGCGAGUCGGAAACGACCAUUUUAACAAUUUUUGUACCAACUACCUAUACGUGGUUUGAAUAAAAGUGAAUUAAACUGCCGUUUUUAACUCGCCGUGCUGCCGUCGUAGAGCGAAUGGACCGAGGUAUUGAGCAGAUGGUGCAUAGGAAACAUGGUAUAAAAUCACUUUAAUUGUAUGGUGCAGAGACCUCAAAUGCCUUAUAAAGACCACCACAUACUUUGAAACGGAACUCAGACCACAUCGACGUGGAGAAAGAUAUCUUGAAUCAAGGUAUAUAGAUCAAAUAUAUUCGUAAACAAGGUAUUAUGUUAUCAUAUAUUGGAAGGAAAAAAGAAACUUUUGAGCAUUUCAUUUUCACUACAGAGUAAAUAUGCCUUAUAAAAUCUAGCUCUUUAUGGCAUCACCAUACAGUAUCAGUGCGAGUUGAAUUGCAUUGUUUAUUGUGUGUCGUGCAUGAAAUUGUGUUUUACUUAUGAACAACUUUAUGAAACUAUUUGUGAAACUAGCAGCAAAACGAGACACACUUCAGGAACAUAAACAUUUAAAUUCU